AUGAAAAAGCAUCUUAAAAAUGUUUGUGAUGUAUUGGCAACUACAUCGGCGUCUUGUGUGGGGAUCGAUUGUAGCGAUACAUUAGAUAGGUACGAAGACUUAGUAGUUGGCGCACCAUUUUAUUAUGAAAAAGGCUACAGUGGUGCUGUGUACGUUUACUAUAACGGACCGGGACAAGAGGGCUUAUCUGACAGUCCACAAAAGCUGAAAGGCACAAAAAGCUCAAAUUUUGUUGAUGUGCGGUUCGGAUUUGCAAUAGCGUGCGGUGGAGAUCUUAAUCAAGAUGGAUUUGAUGACUUAGUUGUUGGUGCGCCAUUCGAAGAUUCUGGAGCCAUAUACAUUUUUCACGGAUCGACAUCGUUACUCAGUCUUUCUCAGAAAGUGACUGUACGAGAUUUUGUGCCAAUAAGUUCUAUGAAACUUUUUGGUUAUGCGAUAUCAAAAAAGUUUGUAGACACUGACGACAACGGCUAUCUAGAUUUUUUGGUCGGCUCAUACCAGUCUGACAGUGUGGUACUGCUGCGUACUCGUCCUGUUGUCAACAUCCACUUUUCGGCUGAAACUUCUCCCAAAAUCAUUGACCCUAAAAAUCCUUUGUGUACAAAUUCAACUAAUCCAAAAGAUAGGUGUUUUGCUGUUUCUUUCAAAUAUAAAUACACUUGGAUACUUGAAAAUAAAAGAUCAAAUAAAGAUAAGUUGAACGUGUUGUUGACUGCUUCGAUUGACAACGCGUUGGCGAGCCGAGCCAAAUUUCAUACAGAAGGGUACAACAAAUCGUGGAAACUAGCUGUUGAUACUUUCGACACGAACCUCUCCACCUACGUCUAUUUAACGGAAAACAAUCGAGAUUGGUUGAGUCCCAUUACGCUGACGUACACUUAUGAAUUGGUGCUACCUGAAACGCAUAAUCGGAAUGGAAAUGAUUUCGGUCCAAUGGGUUCCCUUGAAAAACAUCCUGUCCUCAAUGCAAAAAACCCUAAAACUGGACUCGUUGAGGUUCAUUUUUUGAAAGAAUGUGGAGACGAUGAUAAGUGUGAUAGCGAUCUGAAUUUGAAGCUCGAAUCUCCGUCGUUUAACAAGAUCAGCGGCCUGUUUGAAUUCAAAUUUUCGGAAGAGUUGAAGCUGGACGUGGUAGUGACGAACCAUGGUGAAGACGCCCACCAAGCUUUUUUGUACGUCAAUCUUACGAAAGGUCUUACGUUCAGAGGAAAAGAUGCAACAGCGGCUUCAGAAAUGAUAUCAUGUGAAUACAUUGAACACGCAUCUCUGCUUCAGUGUGGCGUAGGAAACCCGCUGGCUUCUCACGAUGUUGUUCACCUGAGAAUUCGAUUGAGCGCCAAAAAUCUACAGACAAGUCUAACGCAUUUGAAUAUAGAAGCCUUUGUUAAUACGACCAGUAAUUUUGACCCUAGUAAAACUAUGGCUAAUAUAACUUUCGAAAAAAUAACUGAAUCAGAUUUGGCGUUGAUAAGGUUAAAAAUGUUGGAAAUGUGUCAUUUCCAGGUUCGAAUGUUCUCAUUUCCUGGCCGCAUUUAUUACUGGGUGACAAAUUCUUGUUUUACAUCAUUAACGAACCUGAAGUGUUUAAACGGGUUUGCUCAAGACUAUUCAAUUAAAAAGUAUGAAUCGACGAUUUUGCCCUUGGAAAACAAUAAAACAACCAUUUGA